AUGGUUCCUCCGGCUAAGAAAUUCAUCAACAACCCAAACGAUGUGGUAACCGAGUUCAUAGAGGGUCUCGUCGAAACUUAUCCUAGACUUCAGUAUUUGGAUGGCCUUCCUGAGGUCAAAGUUGUGCUACGGGCUGAUGUCUCGGCUGCAAAUUAUGACAAGGUUGCCGUUAUAUCAGGAGGUGGAAGUGGGCAUGAACCAGCACAAGAUGGGUACGUUGGAGAAGGAAUGCUUACAGCCGCUUAG